GUUCAGUGAGAGGGGCACUCACCGUACAGAGUUUAUUACCUGUCCAGGACUUACCUCCGACCCCGCGGACAGCAGCCCCGCACCAGGUCCUCCAUGGCAAUCACGCACCACAUUAAAAUACUGGGCUCCCGCGGCUACCGUACCACGUGACCAGGAGCUCCCUCACAGGCGGCUAAUAUUGGGCGCCAGGUUCCAUGGCCAGGGCUUGUCCGUGCGUUAGACUGCGCUGGCGGCUCCGUGGAGAGCAGGUCUCGCUGGCUGUCAAUCUAGAAUGAAAUGAGCGCCGCCAUUUUACUGGAGACCAAAACAAUACGAUGGGCUCCAGACUCCACCAACAUGGCUCCUUCAUUCUGUCACAGCUAUGUUAUUGUGCUUUAUUCAUUGUAUUCACGGCUUUAUUCUCCGACUUGACCUGCACACCCUGAACCACGCCGGUCAGGGGGAGUUACAGUAUGUGUCAGAGUGCAGCGCUGGGAUUAGACUGACACAAACUGUACGUUUCUAUAAAUCACUCUGAUAUCUGUAUGAUAGCGCGGUCUCGUUAUGAAUCUUUCUGUGUUAUAAACCGGGAAGGCGAGACAGUGCCAGGAUUCAAGAUGGCGUCCCUGGCUUCAGACAUGUUUUCCCUCCUCUCCUGGCAGCCUGUGGUUGUGGCGCCAAGUUUGCUGUCCGCGAUCACCGGGGAUUGAGGCUGUGUGAGAUGUUCUGUGAGAAGGCGAUCGAGCUGAUUCGAGAGCUCCACCGGGCCUCGGAUGGACAGCUCCCUGCCUUUAAUGUGAGUGCUCCUGGUACAGAUAGAUAUCUAGAUAGAUACAUACAUAAACUGGGCUCUAUAUAGAGAUACAUACACUAACUGGGCUCUAUACAGAGAUACAUACACUAACUGGGCUCUAUAUAGAGAUACAUACACUAACUGGGCUCUAUAUAGAGAUACAUACACUAACUGGGCUCUAUAUAGAGAUACAUACACUAACUGGGCUCUAUAUAGAGAUACAUACACUAACUGGGCUCUAUAUAGAGAUACAUACACUAACUGGGCUCUAUAUAGAGAUACAUACACUAACUGGGCUCUAUAUAGAGAUACAUACACUAACUGGGCUCUAUACAGAGAUACAUACAUAAACUGGGCUCUAUACAGAGAUACAUACACUAACUGGGCUCUAUAUAGAGAUACAUACACUAACUGGGCUCUAUACAGAGAUACAUACAUAAACUGGGCUCUAUACAGAGAUACAUACAUAAACUGGGCUCUAUACAGAGAUACAUACACUAACUGGGCUCUAUACAGAGAUACAUACACUAACUGGGCUCUAUAUAGAGAUACAUACACUAACUGGGCUCUAUACAGAGAUACAUACACUAACUGGGCUCUAUACAGAGAUACAUACACUAACUGGGCUCUAUACAGAGAUACAUACACUAACUGGGCUCUAUACAGAGAUACAUACACUAACUGGGCUCUAUACAGAGAUACAUACACUAACUGGGCUCUAUACAGAGAUACAUACACUAACUGGGCUCUAUACAGAGAUACAUACACUAACUGGGCUCUAUACAGAGAUACAUACACUAACUGGGCUCUAUACAGAGAUACAUACACUAACUGGGCUCUAUACAGAGAUACAUACACUAACUGGGCUCUAUACAGAGAUACAUACACUAACUGGGCUCUAUACAGAGAUACAUACACUAACUGGGCUCUAUACAGAGAUACAUACACUAACUGGGCUCUAUACAGAGAUACAUACACUAACUGGGCUCUAUACAGAGAUACAUACACUAACUGGGCUCUAUACAGAGAUACACUAACUGGGCUCUAUACAGAGAUACAUACACUAACUGGGCUCUAUAUAGAGAUACAUACACUAACUGGGCUCUAUAUAGAGAUACAUACACUAGCUUUAAGACUCUAUACAAGGAGAUACACUAACUAGACUCUAUACAGAAUACAUACACUAACUGGGCUCUAUACAGAAUACAUGUACACUAACUGGGCUCCUAUAUAGAGAUACAUACAUAAACUGGGCUCUAUAUAGAGAUACAUACACUAACUGGGCUCUAUAUAGAGAUACAUACACUAACUGGGCUCUAUACAGAGAUACAUACACUAACUGGGCUCUAUACAGAGAUACAUACACUAACUGGGCUCUAUAUAGAGAUACAUACACUAACUGGGCUCUAUAUAGAGAUACAUACACUAACUGGGCUCUAUAUAGAGAUACAUACACUAACUGGGCUCUAUAUAGAGAUACAUACACUAACUGGGCUCUAUAUAGAGAUACAUACACUAACUGGGCUCUAUAUAGAGAUACAUACACUAACUGGGCUCUAUAUAGAGAUACAUACACUAACUGGGCUCUAUACAGAGAUACAUACAUAAACUGGGCUCUAUACAGAGAUACAUACACUAACUGGGCUCUAUACAGAGAUACAUACACUAACUGGGCUCUAUACAGAGAUACAUACACUAACUGGGCUCUAUACAGAGAUACAUACACUAACUGGGCUCUAUACAGAGAUACAUACACUAACUGGGCUCUAUACAGAGAUACAUACACUAACUGGGCUCUAUACAGAGAUACAUACACUAACUGGGCUCUAUACAGAGAUACAUACACUAACUGGGCUCUAUACAGAGAUACAUACACUAACUGGGCUCUAUACAGAGAUACAUACACUAACUGGGCUCUAUACAGAGAUACAUACACUAACUGGGCUCUAUACAGAGAUACAUACACUAACUGGGCUCUAUACAGAGAUACAUACACUAACUGGGCUCUAUACAGAGAUACAUACACUAACUGGGCUCUAUACAGAGAUACAUACACUAACUGGGCUCUAUACAGAGAUACAUACACUAACUGGGCUCUAUACAGAGAUAUAUAUAUAUAUAUAUAUAUAUAUAUAUAUAUAUAUAUAUAUAUAUAUAUAUAUAUAUUCUAUCUAUCUCUAUAUCAUCUAUCUCAAAAGGUUGCACUCACGGAUUCCUUAAAAAUUAACUUUUAAUCGGUCGUGUUUAAAAAAAUAAAAUAUAAUAAUAAUAAACGUUUCAGUCCUACUUGAGGACUUUCAUCAGGAUCCUGAUGAAAGUCCUCAAGUAGGACCGAAACGUUGUUUUUUUUGUUUUUUUUAUUAUUUAAACAAGACCGAUUUUUAUAAGUAAAUUUUUAAGGAAUCCGUGAGUGCAACCUUUUGAUAUAACUGUUUGGAGCCCUGGUAGUGCAUCCGGUUUGGGAAUUGGAGUCUGAGUGCAAGGUACAGUGACUUUUUUUUCUUUCUUUCUUUCUAUAUAUAUAUAUAUAUAUAUAUAUAUAUAUAUACACACUGUAUAUAUAAUUCUCUCUUCCAUGGGUAGCCCUGUGUGGGGGCAGGGGAGAGUCCAGACCCCCAAACUAUGAUGCAGAUAUAAGACAUGAUGUCUGCACCAUAACACGUCUUAUUGCUCUUUGUUUUAUUGCUGUAAAGCUCUUUAAUGCUCUCAAACACACUGCGCAUUACUGUGACUGUUAAUGCUGGGCUGCACUGUAAUUAAACACAGAUUAGCCACAACAUUAAAGGGACACUACAGUCACCAGAACAACUACAGCUUAUUGAAUUUGUUCUGGUGUGUAGAAUCAUUACCUUCAGGCUUUUUGCUGUAAACACUGUCUUUUCAGAGAAAAUGCAGUGUUUACAUUACAGCCUAGUGAUAACUUCACUGGCCACUCCUCAGAUGGCUUCUUGUGGUGCUUCCUCGGGCAGUGCACUGCCAUUCAACACCAUCUGCAUGAAGACACUGAACUUUCCACAUUGAUUCAACUUGUAUCUAUGAGGGGGUGUUGCAUGGCUAGGGCUGUGCUGGUUCUGCCUGCUUGAUCUCAGCCAAUCCUAUUGGGAAGCAUUGUGAUUGGCUCAGACCACCGUUUCUGAUUGAUGUCAGCCAAACAGGCAGAUCAGGGGCCAAGGCAGCCGUUGCCGACUUUUAUUUAUUUAUAAAAUAUUUUACCAGGAAAGAUACAUUGAGAUUUCUCUCAUUUUCAAGUAUGUCCUGGGUCCACAAAUCAUUGCAUUGUUACGUUAGGGUACAAUAAAAUACAAAACCAAUAUUAAUACACAAUAAAUACAAAAUUUAACAUAGAACAGGUAGGAAAUAUAUAAUCAACCAUGACAGGUGCAUUCUGUUUUGAGGUAUGUAGAGAGGGAUUUCUUAAAGGACUUUAGGCUUAGGGAAGAUUUUAAAUUGUGCGGGAGGUCGUUCCACAAUUGCGGUGCUCUGUAGGAGAAGGAGGAUCGGGCCGUUUUGUUUUUGUAUUGAGUUAGACUAAGUAAAGUGUUGGUACUGGAACGGAGCUUAUAGGAAGUGUGAACAGCUGGGGAAAGCAUUUUGUUCAGGUAGGGUGGGAGUUUCCCAGAAAAGCUCUUAAACACAAGGCUGGAAAGAUGAAGGGUGCGUCUGGAUUCCAGCGACAGCCAGUUUAGUUGUUUUAGCAUGUCACAAUGGUGGGUCCUGUAAUUACAUUGUAGCACAAAUCGGCAGAACGAGUUAUACAAUGUGUUGAGUUUAUUAAUGUGGGAUUGCGAUGCAAAUGCAUAUACUACAUCCCCAUAAUCAAUGAUUGGCAUCAGCAUUUGCUGUACAAUCUUUUCCUUUACUGUAGGGCUUAGGCAGGAUUUGUUUCUGUACAGGGCACCUAGUUUUGGAUAAAGUUUAGAUGCAAGCUUUUCUAUGUGCAGGCCAAAAGAUAGGUUGGGGUCUACUAUCAUAUCCAAGUAUUUGAAAGAGUGGACUGCGGUCAGUGUGCCAUUUGAAUUUGUUUUGAUGGAUAGGUGGGAAUUGUGUAAUUUGUGUAAUUUAGGUACUGUUCCAAAGAUCAUUGUGACAAUUUUGUCAGUGUUCAGGAAGAGUUUGUUUUUUGCAAUCCACCUUUCUACCUCUGUAAACUGGUCUUAGAGCACAGCCUCAAGUUGCGGUAGAUUGGAUUUGCUCGCAUAGAUUACGGUGUCAUCUGCAUACAUGUGUACAUUUGAGGAUUUAUAAAUAAUGUAAAUAGUAGGGGGCUGAGAAUGGAACCCUGGGAACACCACACGUGACUGGGAGAGGGAGGGAGUCGCUGUCAGAAAUGGACACAUAUUGUGAGCGAUCCGAUACAUACGAUCGAAACCAGGUUAGUGAACGAUCAUCAAUAACUGAGUUUUUGAGUUUGUGCAGUAGAAUGUCGUGGUCUACUGUGUCAAAGGCCUUGGCAAAAUCAAGGAAAAUAGCUCCAGUUAGGGCUCCUUGUUCCAUGCCAGUUUGGAUGUCAUUGCAAACUUUUAAGAGGGCAGUUGUAGUGGAGUGAUUCUGGCGAAAGCCCGAUUGAUCAGGGGUCAGAUAGUUAAGUUGUUGGUAGCACUCACAAAGUUGCAUAUGGACACAUUUUUCUAAGAUUUUUGACAAUAUUGGGAGCAAUGAUAUUGGGCGAUAGUUAGAAACCAAAGUAGUGUCACCACUUUUAUGGAUAGGCACUACUCUCGCAGUCUUCCAAAGUUUGGGUAUGUAUCCAGACACAAAGGAUUCGUUAAUUAGAGUUGAGACGGGUUUAGCAGUUGCCGGCGCACUGAGCUUCAACAGCAUUGCUGGGAUUUGAUCGGGUCCGGACUGGUUUUUCAUUUUUAGAUUAAGAAGAUGUUUUUUUAAUGACACUAACAGGUACAGGUCUAAAAAUAAACUUGUCUAUGUUGGGCCAAAUUUAGUGUGACCUGAUCCACAUUAGUAGUUUCAGGAUGCGUGUCAUUUAUUAGCUUGGCAAUCAGGGCAGUAGAGCAGCUGACAAAAUAAUUGUUAAAGGCAUUUGCUACAUCUUUACUGUAUGUUUUAUUGCUAGGGUGUUUUUUUUUUGUUUUUUGUUUUUUAAAUAAACGCAUUCAUGUUGUAAAUUUCUGUGAGUUUGUUUGUUGGAAAGCACAGUAAUACACACUCGUGCAUAUUGCACAUUACUGUGAGUUUAUUGCUCUAGACUAGAGCACCAUGCUAUGUUUCCAUAUCUCCAAAAUGUCCUCUGGCACAUGUUUUGUUCUUUGGUGUGCUGUAUCUGGGGAAACCAGAGACCAAAUAUACAGCAAGCUUAUUGAAAUUGCUUGUGCUGCACAAAUAGCACUCUGGGCAUUGGCCUUGACAACGUAUAAAAGGGUUACUCAAAGCUCCAUGACCACUAAAUCACUUUUUUUUUUUUUUUAUUUAUUUUUUAUUUUCUUUCAUUCUUAAAUUGCAUAUCUUAAGUGAAAUCCUAAUGGAUUUAGCUAUGCAAUAUGUAGGCACCCUGGCCAGUUCACCCCAGGACAGAGAGGUUCAGAUUAUAUUAAAAAUGUUGCUAGUUAUUGUUUAGCACCACAAAGUAAGCCAUUAAUAAUUGAUCUAUUUGAUUUUGUAAGGUUAUGUACAAUUAUGACAAUGUUUUUUUUUCCAUAUUUUUGUGAAUUAUUCAGUGUAUUUGGAAGCUGUAUGCAACUCUGGUUUUGUUCUGCAUAUUUGAAUGUAAUUGCUGAGCUGUCGCUGUGUAUUGUAUUUUUAGUCAAUGCUAGUGUUUUAUGUAUCUGACGUAUGUGUGUUUUAGGAGGAUGGAAUCAGGCAAGUUCUCGAGGAAAUGAAAGCUUUGUAUGAGCAGAACCAAUCAGAUGUGUAAGUCCUCUUUAAAUGUUAAGCAAAAGACUGUCCUGUGUACUUGGUCAAAGCUAGUAAUGUAAUAAAGCAGUAGUUCUUAUACUCAUUUUCUGUACCCAAAAUUUGGACUCUAUGGUAUUAUUGUGUUCUUAAUGGUUGAGACAGGCACAUUGUAUUCAUCAGGCUCUGCCUGUAUGAACGUGUUUACUAUAACUGCAUUGCUUUAACUUUAACUGCUUUUAACAGUCUCCAAUUAAAGGCUAUUGCAGAUGUAUUUGUUAUAUUGUCUGGUGCCCUGAGCUUGGUUUACAUUAAAAAAAAUACUUUACAUGACAUUCCCUUUAUAUAAUUUAGGUACCACUCUAAAAAGUUAACGAGCUAUAAAGUUAAACCUGGUCCGUGACUAAUGCAACCGCAGGAAUUAAAGUUGACAAGUUCAUACAUUUUAUUUUAUGUUUCUAUUCAGUAAUGAAGCAAAAUCUGAAGGCCGCGGUGAUUUAAUACCAACAAUUAAGUUCCGACAUUGCUGUCUCCUACGGAAUCGACGCUGCAUUUUAGCAUACCUGUAAGUUUCUAUUUUCAUAAUGUCACCUUUAACAUAAGUGGAUAGUUAUUACAAUGUUAAACAAAAAUCUGCACACCAGUCAAGCCAUUUUGGUUUUUGCUUCCCUAGCACUACCAAGCCUCAAUAGCAAACCAGAUGUCUCACGUGUAAAACAGUACCCCCUAUGUAUAAGUUUUAUGUUGUUUGGGGAAGUUACAGCGUCAAAUAUAGCAUAUUACAUUUUUCAGGUAUUUCACAUUGAAAUUCGCCAGAUUGGUUACGUUGCCUUUGAGAUCGUAUGGUAGUCCAGGAAUGAGAAUUACCCCCAUGAUGGCAUACCAUUUGCAAUAGUAGACAACCCAAGGUAUUGCAAAUGGGGUAUCUCCAGUCAGCGUAAGCAUUAAUAUUUGUGUGGAAAAAUGCAAAAAACUAAUUUGAACGCCAAUUUGAGCCAGUGUUUGUGACUAAGUGGCUACUAAAAAAGACUCGACAUACCCCAUUUGCAAUACCUUUGAGACUUUGCUGAACACAAAUAUGAGUGAUUACAACAGUAAAACUUAUCACGGCGAUGAAAUCACCAGUAAAAGUGCAGUUUUUGUGUAAAAAUGCAAAGACCAAUAUGAACGUUCACUUUGGCAAGCAUUUGGGGUUACUUCAAAAGACUGGACAUACCCCAUUUUUGGAUACCCUGGGUUGUCUAAUUUUUCAAAUGGUAUGUCAUGGUGGGAUUCAUUUUCAUUUUUGGGCUGCCAUACCGUCUCAAAGGCAAUAUAGCCAAUCUGGCAAAUGGCAAUUUACAAAAAUUGGCAAAUCUUAUGUUUGACCCUAUAGCUUUCCAAAUCACCAUAAAACCUGUUUGUGAGACAUUACUCUACACAAAUGAAUGUUUUAGAGCAGUAAAAUGUAUUAUACUGAUAGUAUCGCCGGUAAAAUGUCAGUUUAUGUGUGGAAAAAAAUGCAAAAAAGCAAAACAAACAUAAAUGCUAAUUUUGGCCAGGGUUUGUGACUAUGUGGCUACUAAAAGAGACUGGAACUACCCCAUUUUAAAUACCGUGGGUUGUCUACUUUUACAAAUGGUAUGCCAUUAUGGGGUUCAUUUUCAUUCCUGGGCUGCCAUACGCUCUCAAAGGCAACAUAGGCCCAGCAAACCAAUCUGGCAAAUUUCAAUGUGCAAACAUGGAAAAGGGGAAAGCCCUACAUUUGACCCCUGUAAGUUUGCAGAAACCUAUAAAACCUGUACAUUGGAGGUACUGUUGUACUCGGGAGAUGUUGCUGAACACAUAUUGAGGUGUUCUUUAGCAGUAACCCUUAAAGUACUCAGUACAUGUAUUCUUAAAUUGCUAUGUCAGCCGGCCGACAUUACAGGGGACCGGUCGCGGUCUUAAAGAAACUCGACCAGGUCCCUGUUGAGCCGUAAUGUUUAUAGCAACAGGUAAAUAUUCUGCAGCACCCCUGUGUGCCCAGUUUGGGAACUGCUGCUUUUGGUUGUCUUCUUUUAAAAAAAAAAAAAAAAAAAAUAUGUCUGUCUGUCUGUCUUCCGGACAGAUAUCCGUGUUACAAUGUAACUUUAGUUAAUUUUGAGGGGGAAAAAAUGGUUUGGAAAUAGCAAAGUGCUACUUGUACUUAUUGCCCUAUAACUUGCAAAAAGAAAAAGCUAAGAACAUGUUUACAUUGGGUAUUUCUAAACUCCGGAUAAAAUUUAGAAACUAUUUAGCACGGGUGUUUUUUGGCAGUUGUAGAUGCGUAUCAGAUUUUUGGGGGUCAAGGUUUUUUUUUUAUAUAUUUUAUAAUUAAGUUUAUAGUAUAUGAUAUGGAUAUAAUGGUAUCUUUAAAAAGAUCUUUUACUGGUGAGGAAAAACGGUAUAUAAUAUGUUUGGGUACAGUAAAUAAGAGGAAAAUUACAGCUAAACACAAACACCGCCGAAAUGUAAAAACAGCCCUGGUCCUUAACAGUAAGAAAACUGAAAAACGGUCUGGUCACUAAGGGGUUAAAUCAACUUCAUUUCAAGUUGCUUUGAGUGCUGAGUCUCUGAGUGAAAGUUUACUGUUAGUUGUUGUUUACAGAACAUUAUCUUGCUCCUCAUUUGCUCAGAAGGCAAUUAGAGGAGCAUUUCACAAUGGUAAUUGGCUGAGAGCAUCAGCCAUCACUAAUGUCCACAUAUAAGGUACUGGCAGUGAAGCCUGCGUGUUGGCAUCAUGAGGAAGGCUUGCUCUGCUAGGGAGAAGCUUUCUUAAGCUGGGAUAAUUACAAAGCUGGAGGCCCCAGGAGCAUUGUCAUGGAGGAGGAGAUUAAUAUUAACAUAACUGCUGCUAAAGAAAAUUUAAAUAGAUCCCUUGAAAUGCUAAACCAGGGGUAGGCAACCUUUAAAAAUCCCGAUGUUGUGGAAUACAUCACCCAUGAUGUUCUGUCAGCAUUAUGGCUGUGAUAGCCUUGUGGGAGAUGGCGUGCCGAAUGUUGCCUACCCCUGGACUAAACAAUAUAUUGCCAGUAAUUUGAACUAUUAUCUGUGAAAAGAAGGUUAACAUUAAUGGGACACUAGCCUCCAAACUGCUUAACCACUUCAUCACCAGAAUCAAGUCUAAACGUUCUUAUUUUUCAUAUAAGAAGAAAGCCAUUUACUCCACAAAGCCUCACUCACCCUCAUGUAAACUCAAGGUGAUUACUAGCAUGUAGAGGAACACCUUUCUUUGCCAGAUGCCACAGGUCACUGUUUUAAUGCCUGCAAGUUUUGCUGAAAAUGCCAGCUCAUCUCCACUUUCAAACAGUAAAUUAAGUUUUAAUUGGUCAUAUCAUCAUUGAAUGAACUCUUCAAUUUCACUGUUGGCAUUACUUUAACAGUCCAGGCAUUGGUAAAGAUUGCUAUAGAAGUAUUUAAUACAUUUUUAUAUUAUAAAUGUGAUUUUUUUUUUUUUUUUUAAUUAUUUUUUUUACUGUAUUUACUGCCUUCUGUUGCCAUUUCCAGUUAGCUGUACUGCUAGUAAUGCCUUCAGGGUCCAUAUAAAUAUCUAUAAGAACGAUAUUGGACCAUUUAUGUCAAAUCUGUAAGAGGGACAACUGGAAUUUUGCUUUUAUGCAUGUAUUCCAGACCCAGUGUUAAAUAUUCCAAAAUAAAGCACACUAUACAUUUUUUUAAGCUUUUCUUUAACCAAAUAUGUUUAUAAUGUUUAGGUUUGUCUGCAAAGCAGUCUACACAAAAUUGCUGUGUUGUGGUAUGUGAAUAUGCUAGCUAUGCACCCGUUGUUUCAAAUAAAUGUUGUUUUUUGUUUGUUAAUGAACUGGUUAAGCUUAUUGAGGUGGUUAAGGUGCCAGGGUACCACCCCUGCAGUCUUUUAUCUUAUUAAUUUAUCAACUGAUAAACACCACUUUCAAGGUGUGUGUGUGUGUGUGUGUGUGUGUAUAUAUAUAUGUGUAUGUAUAUAUAUAUAUAUAUAUAUAUAUAUAUAUAUAUAUAUAUAUAUAUAUAUAUGUAUGUGUGUGUAUAUAUAUAUAUAUAUAUAAUUUUUUUUUAUUUUAGCAUUCUGCGUACAAACCCAAUGAGAGAGCUGGGAGUUAAAGUUCCUGGCUCACAAAUCUGCCUAUACCAGAGAGUUUUUGUAUGUCACUCAAAGGGUUUUUCUCUGAUUUGUGCUGAGUGUGGCCACAAGUUCAUUGUGCCGUUUCAGACUGAGGUUCAGUUGCAAUAUCAGGGUUCAGGGAGAUGUUCCUUGGGUCAUUUUAGGUUGGGGCUUUUGUGUUCAGAUUAGUGCAACUUGAGCCAAUACAGGUUGGGAAUUAGGGGCAUGAAAAGGCUGGCAUUGGGGGACUUGUACUUUUGCUCAUGAACUAGGAGGGAAAAAAUGGGGGAAUUGUGUAGCAGGAGAGAAGCAUAUUGUCAAGUAGCAGAAAUUGCUUUGAAAACCUACAGUUAGGUUAUUCAUUAAAAUGUGUUUUUUAAUGGACAAGAGGAUAUUAAUAAAAUUUUGUGGUUACAGAUUCUUGAUUUAAGCCGAUUCAUUUAUUUUAAAUGUAUACAAUAUAUCAUCUACUCCUAUUUUAAUUACAUGGGCACAAAGCAUUGACUCUCCCAAACACACAUACUCGUACAAAGACUAGACUUUUCUUUUCUGAACGUAAAAACUCUGCUCCAAAUCUACCAGUCUAUUACGGCUGUCCAGCACUUAUACUGGUAAUGCAUAAGUGUAGAUUUCUCGUUUUACAGCUGGAGAGGAAUUGUCUCUGUAGGUGGCUUUGCAAUAACAUGGGGACUCUCAAACACACAAAACAAAACCACAUGAGAAUAGUAGUUUCACAGAAACAUAGAAUGUUAUGGCAGAUAAGAACCAUUCGGCCCAUCUAGUCGGCCCAAUUUUCUAAAUACUUUCAUUACUCCCUGGUCUUAUCUUAUAGUUAGGAUAGCCUUAUGCCUAUCCCACACAUGCUUAAACUCCUUCACUGUGUUAACCUCUACCACUUCAGCUGGAAGGCUAUUCCAUGCAUCCACUACCCUCUCAGUAAAGUAAUACUUCCUGAUAUUAUUUUUAAACCUUUGUCCCUCUAAUUUAAGACUAUGUCCUCUUGUUGUGGUAGUUUUUCUUCUUUUAAAUAUAGUCUCCUCCUUUACUGUGUUGAUUCCCUUUAUGUAUUUAAAUGUUUCUAUCAUAUCCCCCCUGUCUCGUCUUUCCUCCAAGCUAUACAUGUUAAGAUCCUUUAACCUUUCCUGGUAAGUUUUAUCCUGUAAUCCAUGAACCAGUUUAGUAGCCCUUCUCUGAACCCUCUCUAAGGUAUCAAUAUCCUUCUGAAGAUAUGGUCUCCAGUACUGUGUGCAAUACUCCAAGUGAGGUCUCACCAGUGUUCUGGACAAUGGCAUGAGCACUUCCCUCUUUCUACUGCUAAUACCUCUCCCUAUACAACCAAGCAUUCUGCUAGCAUUUCCUGCUGCUCUAUUACAUUGUCUGCCUACCUUUAAAUCAUCAGAAAUAAUCACCUCUAAAUCCCUUUCCUCAUAUGUUGAGGUUAGGACUCUAUCAAAUAUUCUGUACUCUGCCCUUGGGUUUUUACGUCCAAGAUGCAUUAUCUUGCACUUAUCCACAUUAAAUGUCAGUUGCCACAACUCUGACCAUUUUUCUAGUUUACCUAAAUCGUUUGCCAUUUGGCUUAUCCCUCCUGGAACAUCAAUUCUAUUACAUAUCUUAGUAUCGUCAGCAAAAAGACAUACCUUACCAUCAAGUCCUUCUGCAAUAAAGAUAAAAAAACUUAAGGAAAGAGCCUGUAGACUUUUUGCAGCAUAAUCCGCUAAAACUGUUAAUAGACUAGACUCUGUCAGUCUCAACCAAAAAGCUAAAAAUUUUAUGGGGACUUGUGUAUGUUUUUCUUACAAAAAUCUGAAUUUAUUUGGACCCUAAAAAGGCUAAAAGAGGGAAGAUUGAUUGUUUGUUUUUCUCUACAACUUUUUGUUUAUUUUGUAGGUAUGACCGAUUACUUCGAAUUCGAGCUCUCCGAUGGGAAUAUGGCAGUGUACUACCAAAUGCAUUGAGGUUCCACAUGUCUACAGAAGAGGUUUCUGAAUUACUGUGUGAAUAUUUGGAAAUGUGUAUAUAGCAUAAAGCAGAAAUGUCCAACUGUGUCCCCUUACUAUACAAAGGGAGUGUGUGGUCUACACCUAUGGCUUCUCCCUCAUGGUCCUGGUGCUUUUCAAUAACUUGAGUCCUGUCACCAGGUUAUAUUGGCAGAUAUUCACUGUGUGAAAGGACUGGAAAAAAGCAGUUGACUGUGUGCUAUGUGUGCCAAACGUGGAGACCAGAGCGCUUACCCCUGCCAGACCACCAGGGAGGAUGGCUCUCCUUCACUGCCUCUCCCAGAAAACAAGCGGCCUCUUUAUACACAAAAAAACAAAACCCUACAAGCAGCAGCCUCAAUUUGUUAUAUUCUGCCCCCGAUAUGUAGUAACUUCACAUGCAACUUUCAGAAAAAAAGUUGUAGACACAUCGUGAAUUAGUUAGAAAGAAAUUGAAAAGGUUAGAUUUGGAGGAAAAAAGGGAAUGAUUGGCAGAGUGAGAGACACUGGAAGGGUGAAAAGAUGGGAAAGUGAAUUGAGAUGUGGAAUAUAUUGGCAAACUGGAUUUGUGAUGGUGCUGUCAACAAAUACUUGUAACAGGCCUUGAGGGGUACUUUUAUUCAGCUGUUUGUUAAGAAAAGUACCUAAAGGUACAAAAUAAAGUUGAGAAAUCCUGAUGUAGAGCUUUGCAGUUGUAUUUUAUAGAAUACAAACUAAAUGAAUGUAUUUGGUUUAUGGUUUCCUGUAGACCGACUGGUUUAAUCAAUAUAAAAAGUCCCUGGCAACAUAUAUGAGAUCAUUAGGAGGUGAAGAUGGCUUGGAUAUAACACAAGAUAUGAAACCCCCUAAAAGUUUAUACAUUGAGGUAAGUUCAAUGGUAUCAUAAAACUCGUGAAGUGUGUAGCAGGACUACCAAUGCAUUUUUAUACUUGUAUUUUUGAGGACUUCUCAUCCCGUUUAUUCCCAGGUUCUCAUUGAGUCAACCUAUCUUUAUUUGAAGUGUGUGAUGCAAUUCUAGGACAUUUAGCCAUUCAUCCUUUUACUGUAAGUGGGGAAACUAAAAUGCGUGUAAAACAGAUGGUCAAAUACCGUGCUUGUUAGUAUUUAAGAGAUCUGUUGGCAUUCUAUUGUAUAUUCAGUUUCCCAAAAAGAAAGCAGAACAUUUACAUUUUAACUGUGGACAUAGUGCGUAUGUAUAUAGUUACCUGACAUAUACCCUGCAAUGUGACCAGUGCAAUGCAAAAUUAACACACUAUGGGUAUGAGAGGGAAGAGGUUAACUGGGUAGAGGAAUGUUUAUUCACUUUUCAUAAACAUGGUUUAUGUAUUUUUCCUCUGUGGACUUUGACACAUUGAUGUAAAAAGAAUGCCACAAGAUUGACCUGUGCAAAAUAAUGAAACUGAUGCCCAAAAAGUAGAUUGCCAGGUGUUGUAAGGCUACAACUCCCAUGUUGCCUUCACUUUACAAUAUAACACCUGUUCUAAGGUGAUCAUCUUCUCUGGUACUCGUUCAGUAGUGCGUUACUCGGACAUUUGGAACUGUAGGGGUUAAUUUAAUUUAGGUGGAGUGUUAAGGCUGUAAUCACACCCUGGAGGAUGCCAUGUAAAUAAAUUUAAAGCUACUGAACAUGUUAGUGACUGUUUUGUUUUAAAAUGUUUAUCAGCGAAAACAUCUUUCUAAUGUUGACCUUUGUUUUACAGGUGCGGUGCUUAAGAGAUUAUGGUGAAUUUGAAAUUGAAGAUGGGACAUCAAUUCUACUAAAGAAGAAUAGCCAGGUAAACUGCAACAUAGUUGGAAUUUAGCUAAAUUUCUAUCUUUUGUAUAUAUUUUUUCCAGAGGAUGUUUAUUAAGCUAAAAUUAAAUAUUUUGGGAGAAGCUUAUAGAUUUCAUUUUAUUGCAUGAAUAACAUAGUUCCCUAAUUUUCACCUGUAAAGAGCAACUACAAUGGUUUAUUUUUUUUUUUUUUUUAAUAUAUAUAUAAUAUAUUGUAUGUAGAAGUUUUCCUGUUUGUUUUUGGUUUUUUUCCAUAGGGGAAUUUAGAGCACCAUUUAAGUAUGGAAGUCUUGACUUUAAUAUGUUGUACAUGUCUCCUGUUUUUAUUUUUUCUAUUUCCUAGCAUUUCCUUCCCCGGUGGAAGUGUGAGCAGUUGAUCAGACAAGGAGUUCUGGAACAUGUAUUAUCUUAGAACAGUACUUCAUCGCGUGUAUUACUGUGUAGACCAAUACAAAUAUUAACUUGCUGUCCUUCACUUUGUCAUGAUUUCUUUCCUAGAACAACUAAGCUGGCUCAGUUGCAUCAGUUUGAAUCCAUUGAUAUGUGUAAAUAUCAGAUCUCCUUUUGACUUUUGUUUUCCUAUUUUCUGUUAAUAAAAUAUUAUUUCUUAAGGUUUAUUUUCAUUUUCUAUAACUUUCUAAUUUUAAAGUAUGUGUUCAUGUAUGUACAAUACAAAAUAAUACAGUUCUGGCCUUCCGACUCUGCUUGGCUAAGACCUAGAAGGCUGUUCCACUUUAACAGGCCUAAAUUGAUUUAUGACAGAAUUUGGUAUACGAUCAGAAUGGGGAAAAACCUGAAAGCACCCAUUAAUGAAACUACUGAAUUUCCUAAAAACCUUGAGGCCAUGGAUGAAGGGCUAUGCUACUGAGGCCUUCAGCCUGAAUCUCCUGGUGGGGGAACCCUGCAUCUGGCUUGCCUGGCUGAGGAUAGCUCUUCCCUUUUUUUUUUUUUUUUCCCCCCCCCCCCCCCUUUCUUUCUGUGUUUAAAUUCUUCCACCCUUUCUCUUUACCUAGCAGUUAGCUCUGUUAACGCUUAUGUUUCUUAGACUCUUCACUGUCUGUCUUACAAAGCUUGGCUUUGUUUUCUGAUUGCUUUACCCAUGCUCACUGAGGUCUGUUAUUGUCUUCAGCAGGUCAGGUAAAAGACUUGGGCCAGGGUUAACGUUGAAUACAAAAGAACAGUUUGAUAGUUUAUUGGAGACUUUAGACAUAUUUACACACAAUUGGUAUACUUAGCAAGCCAAAACAAGAAAAUUAGUAAAGAAGGAAGAACAGAAAAGAGUUAGGCAAAUGGUAGCAGGAAGACCUAUAAACAGAAUUGUAGGUAAGGUUGAAGGAGAACGUAUAAGCAGAAUUGUAGGUAAGGUUGAAGGAGAACGUAGAAGCAGAAUUGUAGGUAAGGUUGAAGGAGAACGUAGAAGCAGAAUUGUAGGUAAGGUAUAAGGAGAACCUGUAAUUGUAGGUAGAAGGUGAAAUAACAGGUUUUGGCAAUAUGCCCCACACAGGUUGUUACCAAGCCGAAUUAGAUAAGGUAGCAAAUACCUAUAGUAGAAGCAGGUAAAUUACUCUUUGCAAUAUGAGUUAGUAUCGUAAUUCAGGUUGGUUGCGUAGUUCAAGUUAGAAUAAAGCAGGUUGAUGGCGUAGUUCAGGUUGAUAUAAAGCAGGUUGGGUUGUAGAGUAGUUCAGGUUGAUAUGAAGAAGCUUGGUAACAAAGAAAGUUGGUUGUAUAGUUCACCCUGGAAUAAAGAAGCUUGGUUGAGUAGAUCAGGUUAGUAUUCAACAGGAUGGUAAGUUCACAGGAGCCAUGGACAGAAAUAUUUUCAGGUUGACGAUCAACUUCAAUCCAAAGGCCCUGUAUUGAGUAGGGUGUAGUCUUUUGUAGGAUCUAUAAUUCGUCCUAGCCAGGUGAGGAUGAGUCAAGGAAAGUUCAGAGCUAGUGGUCAGGGAAGCCACUAGUGACAAAACAGUUACUGGAGGUACAAAAUUGAAUUUAAGGAAUAAGGUUUGGAUCCUGACAGUCUGUUUCUCAGAUGCUUUCUUGCUAAUUUUAUUUUCCGGUUCCUAUUCUCUUUUUUUGUAUCAAUUUGUCAAAAAAGAAUUUUAAAUCAAUAAAACGUUAAUUAUAAUAAGUCCUCUGAUCAUCCAUCAUAUCCGUGAUGGACAAGAUCAUUUUAAGCAAACGACUCUCAUAGCAUCAGCUGUUUCGAAUACAGUUGUGCUCUCAGUCUUUUAAGGGGCACUAUAGCAGUCUUUGUAGUGGUAUUCAUGCUAGGAGACUACAGGUACAGCUUUGAAGUGUAUUUGAUUUAAAAAUAAAAAAAUAAAUAAAAAAUUAAAAAUAUAUAAAUAAAUAAAGACACCCAUUGCCCAGCAUAAUAUCUAUUUUGUAUUUAUUUUUUGUCCAAUGUAGUAAAGACCCACUACAAUAAGAAAAAUAGAACUGCAAAUGCAAUUAAAGCAAUCAAAGGUUCUUAAGUUAAUAAUGAUCAUCUCUGUUUCCAUUCACGUGUUAAUAAUUCAGAUCUUUUUAAUUUGCAUAACCAUUGGAAACCUGCCGUUAUUACAGAAUUGCAGCGAGAGCAUUUCUCUAGUGCAUUAAAAAUGUAUAAAUGAGAAAUUGGCUUCCCCAUACAGUGAUAAGUCCUGUGCAGUUGGGGAACACUGUGUGUACAGCACACAUGAUUUAAUCCAGUGGGAGUCUGAAAUGGAACAGUAUCUUCUGUGGGAAUAACUGAAAGCUAGGAAACUGCUAAUUGGUUAAUUUACCUAAAUUCCAAAACGUGGGAGGAUGUACAACUGAGGAAGGAGAAAUACAUGCUUUAACCCAUGUGUGACGUUUUCAGAAUAACUGGUGAUUUUCUCUUGAACAUGAAAGAGUAUGGGAGCUACAAAUGCCAAUAUUUCUAAUUUAUGAAAUGUAUCAAAAUAUAAUUUUAUUUUUGGGUUACUUCUGCUUUCAUGUCACUGACACAAAUAAAUGCCUACGUGGGUUCAGUCCUAAUACAGUCAUCACAGGAUUAGCAUUGAGAAACUGUCACAUAUUCCCUUCUGAUACCGUGUAUAUAAUGGGACCCUCUGAAAACUAUAAUCACAACUCCUAGUUUUAGUUAUAAAGCCGAGUCUUUGGGUGCCAACUUAUUUAUGCAGUCUAACAAACAAAGCUGCCUAAAGCUAAUCCCCUAUGCUAAUAUGUCUAGGACUUUAACUAGGCAGAGAGGGUUGGGAGCAGGAUAUCAUAGUGCUGUCAGUCUAUCAUUGGUAUCCAAAGUUUGACAUCUAAUGUGGAAAUUUAGCUGCAGCUGAGGAAUUGGGAUUUAGCUGUGCGAAAAGACGUGUUUUGUAAAACAGUUUAAAUUGUGCCUAAUGUGUCUUCGCAUUCUAACCAAAACAAUAAGUUGUGUUUUGGGUAAUCCUUUCAUAAAUCUGUGACAUCAGAAAGACGAAGAGAAAAAAAACUCACCUCUGAAACACUCUUUAGAACCACAUCAUGAUUUGCUUUCCAUAACCUAUAGAUAAAGAAAAUAUGCUACGUAACUAUUUAACAUAGGGAUGCACUGAAAUGAAAAUUCAGGGCCGAAACCGAAAAUUCAGGAUGCACUUGGCCGAAAACAACUUUCCCAAAUGAUUUUUAAAAAGAUUUUUUUCCUAUAAUUUUAUUAAUAUUAGACUUUUUAAUGAAUUUAAUCUAAUAUGAAAAACUUCCCUUCUCUUUUAGUGCCCC